AUGAUGCUCUUGAAGUCUCAAUCUCCAAUGUACCAAGCCGCAGGCCUAGUGACAACUAUAAAUAGAAUUCGCUAUCGAUCUCCUUCCCAUCGUGCAAAGCUCUCUCCAAAAUCUUCAUCAAAAUCACGAAAAAGAUGUAGUCCCAAAAUCAAUCAUUCUUUUGCAGCAUAUGAAGAAUCUUCCCCUUCCUCUAUAAAACUUCGAAGCACCUCAGUAGAUCGAACCCGUCACAACUCUAUAGGAGAAAUGAAAUCAGUUAGAUCAAGACACACGACUCUUAGAUCAGUCACAAAAAUUUCUGAUAUUUUAGAAAACCUAGAAGUUCAAAUCGAGAUAGGUAGGCAAGCUAUCAAGGACGGCAAUUUUUCCCAAGCGGUUGAAAUUUUUCAAGGUGUUUUGGAAAAAGAUAGAGGAAAUUUUGAUGCUCUCUAUGGAAGGGCUAUAUCUUAUAUGCAUUUACAAGACCAUAAAUCAGCUGUUGCUGAUUUGUUGAUCGUGGCAAAGGAGAACCCUGUUUAUGAUAGACAGUUAUAUACAGCUUUAAGCAUGUGCUUUAUCGCUAUGAAUGAUAUUUCGACUGCUUUAAGGCUUAUAUCUAAAGGCUUAUCUAAGUUUCCUAGAUUUGCAGAAGGGUACGUGGUAAGAGGGCAAAUAUAUUUGAAGCAGGAAAAGAAUGAGAAAGCUUUAUGUGAUUUUAAGCAAGCUAUCGCAUUUAAUCCAAAAGAUGGAUCAGCCUAUUUAGGAGUAGCUGACUGUUUAAGCUUUGCGGAAAACAAAGAAAGCUGCCUUGAAGCAUUAAAUAAAGCGAUAUCUUGCCCAGAGACUUCUAUGGCUGCACUACUUAAAAGAGCAAAAUUUUUUUCUUCAUUGGAUAAAAAUGACCAAGCUCUUGAUGAUUUGAAUAAAUAUAUAUCUUAUAAAUCAGAAGACUCUGAGGCUUAUUUUGAUAAGGCUUCGCUAUUGCUAAAGACUAAUCAGUUCAAUGAAGCUGCUUUAUGUUUUGAACAAGUAAUAAAAUAUGACCAACAAAGCAAUUACUCAAAUCAAGCUGUUUUUCAUUUAGGAGCUCUAAAAAUUAGAGAAAGGGAUUAUUAUGGAGCCUUACACACUUUUAAACGAACCAAUUGGCAAAAAGAAAUCAAAGACCAAAAGACACUGAGGCACUAUGCAGAAGCUGUGAUUAAUCUUAUGAAAAGAAAAUACAAAGAAGGGAUAGCAUAUUUCACAAAACUAAUAAAAAGUGGGGAUAAUGUUAUUCAAGAAUACUUAGCUAAUUGCUAUGCAUACCGAGCUUAUGGCUAUUGCGCUCUAAAUAAGCAUGAUAAAGCACUUCAAGACUUUAAAAAAGCUUCAUUGAUAUCAACCUUAAAUAAGGCUUCAUUAUAUAAUCAAAACCUAGCUCAUGGGCUAUGAGAUGCAAAAAAAGGGGAUUUUCAGGCUGCUUUGAAACAUUUAAAUAAAGCUCAUAAGCACUUCCCUAAAAAUCCUGACCCAUUGAUUUACCAUGCUGCUAUAUUGCUGCAUUUAGCAUAUAAAGCUUCUCCUCAUAAUGAUUUAUACAUAAUUGAGGCUGAAGAGCUAUUGGAGAAAGCAUUUAAACUGCGAGACCCAGAAAGUGACAUUUAUUACUACAAAUCUAUAAUAAAAUAUUUGGGAAAUAAAUUGUCUACUGCUUUAGAAGAUGCAAAACUUGCAAUUGACAAAGCAGAAGAAAAUGUUCCAGAGCAUUAUGUUCUUCGGGGAUUAAUCCAAGCUGCGCUUCAUAGUUAUGAAGAAGCUUUACAAGAUUUUACCAUUGCAAUCCAACUGAAUGAAGAACUGCAUUACGCAAACUCUUAUCGAGCCCGUGUUGCUUAUUUAUCAGAUGAUACAGAGCUUGCUUAUAGUGAUUUUCAAAAGCAUAUUGUUUCGUGUCCAGAUGAUAGGGAGGCUCAUAUAAAUCUUGGAAAUCUUCUUAUGUCAUCAGGAUCUUAUGAUGAUGCUAUUAAUGCUUUUAAUAAUGCAUUAGUCCUAGACAAAAGCCUUGCGGCAGCAUAUCAAAAGACAAAAUGCUAUAUUUUGCUUAAUAAAAUUGAUGAAGCAAUUGAUGAAUUAAAUAAAAUUUUGCAGCUAGAUCCAAAUUCUACUGCUGCAUUGAAGGAUAAAGAAAUUUCAGUAUUCCUGCAAAAAAUAAUUUCAGAGCCAAAGGAUUUUAAGGUCUUUUUGAAUGCUAUUGAAAUGUGCAAUAAUUGGCUAAAUGAAGAAUUUGGAGAAAUUUUUGAAAAGAAAAAUAUUCACUGAAUGAAAGGGAUUUUUUUAAUGUACACGAAAGAAUAGGCCGGAGGCUUGACACUUAUUUAUUAUUAAAAAAUUAAUUAAGGCGAAUUAUACACAUUACAGUUUGAUAUUAGCCAAAUUUCCCAAGUAUUUUACUUAAGGAUGAAAUCUAUCCAAAGAAUAUGGCUUAGCUUUGGAUGAAUUUCAAGAAGCUCUGGAAAUUAUCCAUUCCAAAGAAACUUUAUCAAUGACUUCUGAUGAAGCUCUUGCUGCAGAAGAAGAAAACUGCGAAAUUCUUUACAACAUUGGCUUAUGCCAUUUAUUUGUAAUUUCUAUUUAGUACAAUAAAGAGCAAUCUUUAGUCAUUUUCCAAGAUUUAUCUGAAGUCCUCAACAAUAAGCACAAAGGGCAGAUGCUUUUUCUAUCAGCAUUAUCAGAGCUUUCAUUAGGAAACAACGAGCCUGCUGAAAAAUUGCUGCAAGAAGCUUUCAAGUGCGACCCAGAAACAAUCAGUCCAUUUCUCAAUGAUAAGCCAACUCUUUUAUUGCCAUUGAAUACAAACAAUUCAUUUUCCUCUAAUUUUCCUUUAAUUACGUUACCUUUUUCAAAUAUACCUCAGCUAGAAGCAAGGCCUGCAAUUUCUCUGCCAAGAGUCAGGCUUCCUUCAUUUGAAUUUCAAAUUGAAGAAAAAGUAAAAGAAUUCUUUGAUUUUACAAAAAUUUUGCCAAAGCCAGAAGCUCCUUGAUUAAACAGAGUGAGAGGAUCGAUACAAUUUACUGAAAAUAUUGUGGAAUUUGAUAUAGACCCAUCUGAUUCUGAUGAAGAAAAAGAAAAAAUUGAGGAUAAAAGCACAAAUGAGAUCAGUGAUAAUUCUGAAAGAAAAGUAAAAUCGUUAAUUCCUAUAAGACAUAAAACCCCAAGCCCUAAUAGCAUUUCUAUAGAUAUGAAGGAUAUUGAUGAAUUUAACUCCGGAAGCCAGAAUGGAAAUAAAGAAAUGGCUCCAAAGCACAUUCUUCAAAAAAUCAAAGAUGUUUGUAAAGCAGAAUAA